AUGGCCCCUUUAAACGACACUGAGCUGUUUCGUUCUAUUCUCAGGAAAAGUACGAACAUUGUUGCCAUAGCAGGGGCAGGACUCUCCGCAGCGUCAGGCAUCCCAACGUUUAGGGAUGCAGGAGGUCUUUGGAGAUCGCAUGAUGCCAUGAGUCUUGCUACCCCUCGAGCUUUCUUUAAGGAUCCCAGUAGAGUGUGGCAGUUUUAUCAUUAUCGGAGAGAGACUGCUUUAAAGGCGGCACCAAAUCCCGGUCAUCUAGCCCUUGCCCUUUUGUCUGUUCCUGAACAUCUCAAAAUUAUAGCCCCUGAAGCCAAGUUUACAUUGGUGACUCAGAAUGUAGAUGGCCUCAGUGCUCGAGCUUCUAAACAGGUAUCUCCUUUGCGGGAGCCCGAGCUCUUCGAGAUGCACGGUCGUCUUUUUGACACUAUAUGCACUGUCUGCAAUGAUCGUAAAGCAAACUUUAAUAGCCCCAUAUGCUCGGCUUUGGCUGGUACAGAGGACAACCUCAAGAACGAUUCUAAUAUACCGUUAGAAGACCUUCCUCGUUGCUCUAAGUGUGCUGGCCUGUUACGUCCCGGAAUUGUAUGGUUUGAGGAAGUUCCUCAUCAUUUAGAGGAGAUCAAAAAAAUUGUCGACGAUGCGGACUUGGCGUUAAUUGUGGGAACUUCGUCAACAGUCUAUCCAGCAGCUGGAUAUGCACAUGAAAUUGCGGAGCACGGUGGUACAGUGGCAGUAUUCAACAUCCAGCGAAGCGACAAUGACGACCUUGCCCACUUUCUCUUCAUCGGCCCCUGUGCAACCACUCUCCCCCACGUGCUAUUGAAAGUCGAUGUCACUGAAUAG